AUGGCCGAAUUCGAGAUCGCGGAUAAAGACCUCGCCGGCCUCGAGGGCAAGGUCGUCAUCGUUACAGGAGGGUCCUCGGGCAUCGGCCUUGCAACGGUCAACACCCUUCUCUCCAAGGGCGCCUUGGUCGUCAACGCGGACAUCCAGCCCCCGGCUCAGCAGCCCGAGGGCUCUUACACGUUUGUGAAGACGAACGUGACCGUCUGGGCCGAGCAGAUCGCCCUCUUCAAGAAGGCAAAGGAGAUCCACGGGCGCGUUGAUCACGUUUUUGCCAAUGCCGGCCUUGGUCCUCAGGCAAAUUACCUCUCCACCGAGGUCGACGAGAACGGCGACCUGAAGGAACCCACGCACGCUCUGUUGGACGUCAGUCUCACGGGUGUGAUGCACACCGCUACCAUCGCGAUCUAUUACAUGCGACAGCAGGCCGAAGGCGGAAGUAUCGUUAUCAACGGGUCCACGACGGGUCUUCAACGACUUCGCGCCGUUGACUACUCCACCGCCAAACACGCCGUUUUGGGUUUCGGUAGAGGUCUCAUUCCGCUGCUUGACGCGGCCAAGAUACCCAUCAGAGUCAACACUCUGGCGCCUACGUGGACGGACAGUAGCGUGCUUCCGGAUCUCAAGGGGUUGAUGAAGAAGAUUGGGGUGGAGGUGCAGCCGGCGGAAGCUGUUGCCAAGGGUGCGGCUUUCUUGAUGGCUGAUACGACUCGGAAUGGGCAGGUCAUUCAUGUGCAGCUUGGAAAGUACAAGGAGAUUGACGAGACUGUUCUCCUACCGGCAUUCGAGUCAAUCAAGGGACCGGAUUAUCCCGGCGAGGAUGAGGUUUUCCGACGACUGACGGAAGUCUUGAUGGGUGGUUCGGGCUGA